AUGUCUUUGGCGCACCACUCCGCAGCGACUAAACUAGGGGGUGGAUGGCGUAACGUGAACCAGCUGACAGACCCACGGUCCUGGCUCCAGAAGCUGCUGGGCAUAAAUCCGCCGGGGAAGGUGAUCAAAGGUGUGAGGAAGUUGCGGGAUAGGACGGCUGGGGAAGGGAUGCGUGUAGUGCUGAGCAGGGGAAGAGACGCAGGGGAUGUUUUGAGCGUUGAUGCAAGUGGGGAUGUUGGGAGUUUCGGUAGUAUGUGGCCAAUACUUUGA